AUGGGGAAGACUCGCAGAAACAGAGUGCGCAACCGCACAGAUCCCAUCGCAAAGCCUGUGAAGCCGCCAACCGAUCCUGAGCUUGCAAAACUUCGUGAGGAUAAGAUCCUGCCAGUGCUCAAGGAUCUGAAAAGCCCUGAUGCCAAAUCAAGGACCACUGCUGCUGGCGCCAUCGCAAAUAUUGUCCAGGAUGCGAAAUGCAGAAAGCUCCUUCUUCGGGAACAAGUGGUCCAUAUCGUCCUCACUGAAACCCUGACAGAUAACAACAUCGACAGCCGUGCUGCUGGCUGGGAAAUCCUGAAGGUCCUCGCCCAAGAGGAAGAAGCUGACUUUUGUGUACAUCUUUACCGCCUUGAUGUGCUUACAGCCAUUGAGCAUGCAGCGAAGGCAGUUCUUGAAACCCUUACAACCUCUGAGCCACCAUUUUCAAAGCUAUUGAAGGCACAGCAACGCCUGGUAUGGGAUAUUACAGGCUCUCUUUUGGUCCUCAUUGGAUUGCUCGCGUUGGCGCGCGAUGAAAUCCACGAGGCCGUCGCUACCAAGCAAACUAUUUUGCGGUUGCUCUUCCGACUUAUAUCGGCCGACAUCGCGCCUCAAGACAUUUAUGAAGAGGCCAUCUCAUGUCUCACUACCUUGUCGGAGGAUAAUCUGAAAGUUGGCCAAGCCAUAACUGAUGACCAAGAGACGCAUGUUUAUGAUGUGCUCCUCAAGCUUGCAACUGGGACGGACCCAAGGGCGGUUAUGGCAUGCGGUGUUCUCCAUAACGUCUUUACAUCACUCCAAUGGAUGGAUCACAGCCCCGGUAAGGACGGAGCAUGUGACGCCAUUCUCAUUCCGACCCUGACCCGGGCACUCGAACAUGUUGUACCUGGGGGGGCAAAGUUUAAUGGUGAUGCGCGCUAUGCAAAUAUCACCCUGCUAGCACUAGUGACUCUCGCCUCAAUAGGCACAGAUUUCCAGGAGACCCUCGUGAAGGGGAAUCAAGGUAGCCGGGAAUCACCAAUAUCUGCUGCAGAUGAAGAAUGGAACGGUUUCGAUGAUGCCGAUGGCGAUGCCAUGGAUGUCGACCAAAAGUCCUCUUCUGGAGAGGAUCAAGAGGAGGAUUACGAGGAAAUCGAUGUAAAGGAGGAUGACGAGGAUGAUGACGAUGACUCAAUCACUUCGGAAAUGCAAGCCGACAUGGAACGUGUUGUCGGGGCAGAUGGCACAGACGACGGUGACCUGGAGGAUUUGCCGACACUUCGGGAGCUAAUCCAGACGGCCGUACCACAACUAAUUCGCCUGUCUAACCUUCCAAUUGACAGUGAUGAGAGCUUGACCAUCCAAUCUCACGCACUGUCUGCCCUCAACAACAUUUCCUGGACCAUCUCGUGCCUGGAAUUUGCCAAUGGAGAGAACGCCAAUAUCCACAACGCGUGGUACCCAACUGCCAAGAAGAUCUGGCGCAAAACAAUAUUGCCCAUUCUUGAAGCCGACAGCGCCGAUUUGAAGCUCGCCACUCAGGUGACCAGUCUCGCGUGGGCUGUGGCCCGAGUGCUUCAUGGCGAAACACCCACUGACGGCAACCCCCACCGCAAGUUUAUCUCGUUGUAUCAUUCCUCCAAGCAGCAAGCUGGUGGGAACAGCAAUAGCAUCGAGGAGCCGGAAGACCCGUUUCAAGGUCUUGGUGUCAAAUGCAUCGGUGUGGUUGGAUCACUGGCCCAUGACCCAGCGCCGAUUGAGGUGAAUCGCGAAGUUGGCGUCUUCCUGGUGACUCUGCUCCGUCAAAGCAACAAUGUACCGCCGGCAGAGAUCGUAGAGGCAUUGAACCAGCUGUUUGACAUAUACGGAGAUGAAGAGUUGGCUUGUGACAAAGAGGUAUUUUGGAAGGAUGGAUUCCUCAAGCAUCUCGAGGAGUUCUUGCCGAAGAUGCGAACAUUGACGAAGGGGAUCGACAAGAGGACGCAACCGGAGUUGAGAACGAGAGCAGAUGAAGCGUUGUUGAACUUGGGCAGGUUUGUUCAGUAUAAAAAGAAGCAUGCCCCCAAAUGA